CGUUCUGCGCGAGUGGAGCUGGAGAGAGCGCCAGGCGUCUCGCGAAGCGCGCGUGCCCACCAGAUUCGGCCCGCCGCUCGCCUCGCCCGUGGCUCAUACACCUCACGCCCCAUUAUCCACAGCCGAGGUGCCACUGCUCAAUUGUUCCACCGAUUCCUGCUUUGAACAAACUCCGCACGGUGUCGCCUCGUGUUUGUUUCGUACGGGGGGCACCAAGCGCGCUCCGACACCGCAGCCGUGACCGCUCCGGUCAUGCGGCCACCCCUGGCUCGACUUGCCCUGCUCGAUCCGUGAAGCGCGCCGGAGGGUUCUGAGAUGUCUUGCGCGACCAACAUGGCACAGAGAGGCUGCAUGGAGCUGAGCGCCAUCCGCCAGGAGAUCUGGCCCUUCCCGGCGGCCGACGGGUCCCUGCAAGGCGCGCAGGACAUCAUGAAGCCCACGGCCAGCUACCCCUCGGCCUUCCUCAAGGUGGACGCCGCCUACGUUCGUCACUGGCAGCAGCAGCUGCUUCCACACGGCCUCCCGGCGGCGCAGGACCCGGGACCACCCCGCGCCUCUCUCGACCUCCACCUCCCAGACUUAUCCGAGCCCGGCCCUCUGGCCAUGGGCGGCAGCGAGGCCACGCAGGAGGCAAAGGUGGCAGCAGCAGCAGCGGCAGCGGCGGCCGCAGCUGCGGCAGCAGGGCCCACUCUGCUGCAGCUCCAGUUGCAAGCUUGCAAGCCGACCCUGCAGUCGUGCAUGCCCGGCUCCGCCGCCGCCGCAGCAGCAGCAGCCGUCGUGCCGAUGCGUGGCGGCCAGCAGGUGCUGUUUGACAUGGCCGGGUCGGGGCCAGCGUGCGCCGGCCACAAUGAGGGCCCACCGAGCGUGCGGACUGCGGGGCCCUUCGAGAGGGCCUUCGUGCAGGCCAGCAGCCCGUUCACGGCGGAGGAGCUAGACUACUACCUGUACGGGCAGCAGCGCAUGGAGAUCAUCCCCGUGAAUAACCACGGCGACGACACCAGCAACCGUUGCGACAUGUGCGCCGACAACCGCAGCGGCGAGUGCCCCAUGCACGGCCCCCUCCACUCGCUCCGCCGCUUGGUCGGCACGAGCGCACCGCCGGCAUCGGCCGCGUCGUCCCUGCGCCCCGAGCCGCCGGCGUCCGUGCGCGCCUCGCUGCCCCGCGAGCUCUGCCUGUGCAGCAGCGGCCUGCCCGGCGCCGGCCUCGGCCUCUGCGCUGCUCAGCGGCUGCCCGCGGGCACCUGGCUGGGUCCCUACGACGGAGCGCGAGUGCCCGUGGAGAGGCUGCGUGCGGGAGCGGUCCGCAACACUCGCCACCUUUGGGAGGUGUACGACAGCGACGGGUGCCUGCUGCACUUCCUGGAUGGCAGCGAGCCCGGACGGAGCAGCUGGAUGCGCUACAUCCGCUGUGCGCGCCACCGUGCCGAGCAGAACCUCUCCGUCCUGCAACACAAGUCGUGCAUAUUUUACCGAGCAUGCGCCGACAUCCCUCGGGGCUCGGAGCUGCUGGUGUGGUACGACGAGUCGUACGCCUCUUUCCUGGGGAUCCCUCUGCAGCACGUCGCGCAGGACGACACCGCAAACGUGCCCCUGUCUGCCGCGGAAGCCAUGUCGCGGCACGAGGCCCUGUCGCCCUUCGGCAAGGCGGGCAAGCUUCCGCCCCCCGCCGUGCACUGGCCGAGCCAGGCCCUGCCGGCCGCCGGGAGGUCGUACCCGCAGGGCGACAGGCCCGGGGCGGCCUACAGCUACGGCUGCAACGGCAGCGCCAGCGGCGUGGGCAGCAGCCCCGGCUCCGGCAUGGGCUUGGGUGGGAUCGGCGGUGGCGCAGGGGGCGGUGGGGUCGGAGGUCACAAGGUGCUGGCGAGUCCCACGUCCACCAGCCAGCUGGGUGGGGAGUUCAGUGAUUGGCACCUGUGGAAGUGUGGCCAAUGCUUCAAGACCUUCACGCAGCGAAUCCUGCUGCAGAUGCACGUGUGUUCGCAGAACCCGGACAGGCCCUACCAGUGUGGCCACUGCGCCCAGUCCUUCUCCCAGCCCUCGGAGCUGCGGAAUCACGUGGUCACCCACUCGAGUGACCGUCCGUUCAAAUGCGGCUACUGCGGGGCGCCUUUCGCUGGAGCCACCACACUCAACAACCACAUCCGCACGCACACGGGCGAGAAGCCCUUCAAGUGCGAGCGAUGCGAGCAGAGCUUCACGCAGGCAACGCAGCUGAGCCGCCACCAGCGCACGCCCAACGAAUGCAAGGCCCCGGCCGACUGCGGAGAAUCGAUCGAGGUGGAUUGACUGACGGGAGGGGAGGGGGGGGGGAGGCCACCCCCCCCACCCCCGCCCACCGGGCAGGAAUUAAACGCCCUGAUUAAAACGUCGCCGGCACUUACGGCGGACAACCAAAGAUCCUCAUCGCCAACACUUUUCAAUCAGUGCCAUCGAACUAAGCACAAGGAGAACGGGAGAGGAGACGAGAGGGUUGGGGGUGGGGGUGGUGGUGGUGGUUGGUUGGGGGGGGCGGGAGGAAGAGGAAAAAAUGAAGAGAGCGAGGCAGGGCCGAGACAAACGCUCCGGCGAGCCGUGGGAUCGAUCCUCGUCGACACGGAGGACAUUAUUUAUUUAUUUGUCACUGGGGUGGGAAAGACUUUGUCAAUGGGACGAUUGGGCUGAGCUGAUUGAAUCACUGGAGUUGCCCGGGUGUUCUACGUGACAGUUUAAUCAUUGCCCCUAGCAGUGUAGCAGAUUGCAUGCAACCUUAACUUAACUCUGUGAGUGGCUCGAUCACAUAAAACACCCACACCUUUUAACCCCGCGUUCACGCCAUUUAUAGCUUCAUCCAGGACUGAAUUAAUAUAUAUAUAUACGACGGUAUUUAUAGUGAUUUUAUUUUCUUGUUUGAUGAACACUUCUGUGUCAAGAACUUAGACGAUGUUUUUUUUCGCGUGUGUUAAUUUUACUGCUGUAUUAAAUGCAAAAGCGGAAGCACAAAAUGGUGUCAGUUUUGCCAAAGAGAAAAGUUGUAGCCAAAACCAGUGUACCUGUACAGAACCCAACAGAGAAUGUCUGUACCCGUUAUUUCUGCUCACACUUUACCUUACUUCAAAAUGCAAAAAUGCGUUUGCUAAGCUGUACAAACUAGUGUUGUGAAUAAAUUUGUAUUGUACAAACGGCGGUUGUAUGCGGGCUCGUGAACGGUUAAGAUAACGAUCAGACGGAAUCACCAGCCCUUUUCUUACUUCUCAAAACCUUCCACAUUUUACAGCUCUCCCGAGAAACGUUGCAAAAAAAAAAAAACUUUCCAGUGUAAAUCAGUGGUACGUGACCUCUGCUUCAGUGCGCGCGCUAUAUUACAUAUGCGCGUACUUCCAUGGGGAAACAAAACACAGGUAUGUGUAUUGUAAGUAAAUUAAUUACACUUGUCCUGACUAAGGAAUCCCAGGUAACAGACAGCAAAUUGAGAAAAUUACCUUUAUUCUUAUUUAAUCGGAUCUCUUUUGCAAAGAAGACAUGCCGACUCAAAGUGCACUCGCCUGUGAACACGAGUGAUGCAGAUCGGCGUGCGUUCGAUGUGGGGUUGUGUUUUUAUAUUGACAGUGCAGCAUUUGACCCUGCUCAUGAAUUUUUUUUUUUACAGAAAAUGCUGCUUAAGAAAGCGAUGAGUAAUGUAAAUAAUAUGUGAUGUUUGCUUUAGACGCAGCGUUCUUUUUAAAAUUGUCAAGUACAUUUUAGUUUGCGCCCACGUAUGUAUGUAUAUCUGCACACACACACACACAAAGUGUGCCCUUAAACCGUUUUGCGUUUCCAUAAUAUUUUUGUACAUAAAUGUUUGAUUUCUCGCGCAAAAUCUAAAUGAAGAAAAAUAUUAUGCCUGUUGGUUUACAAGUGAUUAAUUGGAGCAGUAAUUCCUCGCAGAAGGCAUUUAUCAUCGAGGAGAGUUAUUUUUUGGGCAUUCAGGCAAACAAACAGAAACUCUUCCCAUGUGUUUCUUAUUGAACGUGGAGGUGCGUUGAUUGAACGCCCUUUACGUGACGAAUGAUUCCUCGGGCCAGCGCUUUGAUCGCAAAAAAAACACAACACGGUCGGGCCGAAGCAAAGGAAAACACUCGAGAGUAACAGAAAUACGAAGUAGCGAAACGACGUCGCACUCAGAAAAAUUCUCAACAGACUUUCGACCAAAU